CAGUCAUGAAUGUUGCUAGUGGCAACUGUUGAUCUCUAACUUGGAUACCACUUCAAGUCGUGGGAAAAGGAGCUAGAAAUGGAGUCGGACAGUCGCGUGAAAGUGUACGUUAGGAUAAAACCAACUGCGGAUUUCGCUUAUCAGAAUAUAGAACUACACCCGGAUAAAAAAUCGAUAGCAAUCCACUGUAAGAAAGAUGAGCGACGGGGAUACAUCAACAACCAAGUUCUUGACUGGAAAUUCUCUUUUGAUGGCAUUCUUCACAAUACAUGCCAAGAAACCACAUACAAAACUUGUGCAUCAGAACUGGUUACAAGGGCCUUAGAUGGUUACAACAGUACAUUAUUUGCUUAUGGAGAAACUGGUGCUGGUAAAACAUUCACUAUGACUGGAACAGGUGAUUUCAAGUACAGAGGAAUCAUCCCAAGAGCACUUACACAGCUUUAUAGAGAGAUUGAUAAUAGGCAAGACCAUGACAUUAGCAUAAAGGUUUCUUAUAUGCAAAUAUACAGAGAUAAGAUCUAUGACCUGUUGGAACCAAAUAGUAGGUAUCUUGAGCAGUUGUCAGUCACAGAAGAUAAUAAUGGAUCUACAUACGUAAAAGGGCUGACAAUUCGCUCUGCAAAAAGUGAAGAAGAAGCACUAAGCUUGUUAUUUGAGGGAGAAAGCAAUAGAUUCAUCAGCCAUCACAAGCUCAACAGAUAUUCAUCAAGGUCACAUUGUAUCUUCUCAGUUUUCAUUGAGUCACACUCCAGAUCAAUCUCUGGUGCAAGCUAUGUGCUUUCACGUUUGAACCUAGUUGACCUUGCUGGCUCUGAGAGAAUUGGCAAAACACAAUGUGAAGGAAAGGCCCAGGAAGAAGCACUCUAUAUCAACAAAUCAUUGACAUUUUUAGAGCAAGCAGUCAUUGCUUUAGCUGAUGAAGGAAGGGAUCAUAUACCUUUCAGACAAAGCAAGCUUACUCAUGUUUUGAAAGACUCAUUAGGGGGUAAAUGCCAGACUGUCAUGAUUGGAAAUAUCUGGGGAGAGCAAGGACAGCUUGAAGAAACACUGUCAACAUUGCGUUUUGGAAAUAGAGUGAUGCGCAUACCGAACGUGCCUGCCAUAAAUUUGAUAUACGAUCCAAUAAAGGUAUGUCAAUCACUCGAAAGGGAAAUCAGCGAUUUACGGAAAGAGCUCUCCAUGUAUGACACUCUCACUAACAGACGACAAAUUACCUACGAACCCCUGUCUGAAACUCAAAUGCAAGAGAUCAAAGGACAAGUCAGAAAAUUUGUUGACGGUGAAAUUGACGAAAUCGAGAUCAUUAACGUGCGUCAAGUCAAACAGGUGUUUGAGCAAUUCAAGACUCUAGUGCGACAAGCCGAAGAAGGGAAAGCAGCGUUGGGGAAAAUGAAGAAUAACAUGCAACACGAGUCUUCAAAAAUUGUUCAGGGUAACCCUGAUCCAGCAUCGAUUAUGCAGAACAUAGAUGUCGAGUUUGUUGGUGAAACGGAUGGUCAAAACUUUGGAGUAGGCGUUGCUCCAAGCAGUGCAAAGGCAGCAAAUACACCUGCAGGCAGCAAUGUCAAGAAGGCAAAGAGUCGCAAAGGCAAGCCAGACAGUAGUGGUGCUGACACUAAGAGGAGUCCAUCGCCAUCAGAAAAUAUAAAGCAGACCACAGAUAGCCAAGACAAACCCUCUUCCACAGGACAUGUCGCAGGUACACGUCAGAUGACAUCACCAACAAGACCCAGAACUCCUCCUCCGAAAUCAGAGUCUUUCGAACAGUUUAGAAAUGAAAGGGGGAAAGAGCUCAACAUCGUUUUUUUGGAGAACAAAGAAAUUGUUAAAAGCAAAAAGAUGGAAGCUAAAGAGUUAAUUGCAGAAUUGAAUACAAUGAAGGCUGAAUUGGAAAAAUGCAAAGCGAAUAUUGAAGCCAAAAGAAGAGAACGUGAAAUAGAAGAUCAGGUGGAAAAUGAAGAUGAGCUGAUUAUCGAAGAAGAUGAAUUUUUACUUCUAAAGAAAAUUUCUGAUCUGAAACUUGAAUGCAAAAUGAAAUUCGAAACAUUGCAAAACAUUCGAUCGGAUCUAGUGUAUUGCGAGAAUCUGGUAAAGCAGUGUCGCCAGAGGCUGCUGUCAGAAUUCGAGGCUUGGUAUACGGAAUGCUUUGUGCCGGUCGACGAAAAUUCAGAUAAACUUGAUGAUUCAAAGUCUGAAGACUCGAAGAAGGGACUCAAGUCGGUCAGAAUUGUGGAGGACGAGCAGGAGAAAUUUGACAGGCUUCAGAUGGAGUUGCUUAUGGAAAACCCUGACUCAGUGCCGUUCUAUAAUGCAAAACUCCAAACAGAACGCCGACAGCUCUACUCUGGUUCGACGGCAAAUAGAAGAAAACCGGGUAGUAUUGUAUACCAAGUUAAAAACAAGCCACCAACAUCACUUACUAUCAACUAGGAAGUUGUCAUUGGCUAUUGAGGACUAAAUUUAUAUGAAAUCGUAGAACAUAAAUUUAUACUGAUUUGUUUUCAUAGACGAUAGUACAGGCGUUUUAUCUUCUUGUUUUAAAUGUCAUCUUCUUGUUUGAAUUUAUUACUAUCAUGGUUAAUUGUGCAGUGUUAAUCUAUCAAUGUUGAAUAAGCUAAGUUUUGAUAUAUUCUUGCCAUUCUAUCGUUGUAUGCUACUUGCAUAGCUAGGGGGCUUCUCCUCGUUUUUGCUACU